AAGAAUAAUAUUAUCUUGUAUACUUAAGUAAUAUAAAAUAUUUCACUUGGUGUUAUCUUACAUUAGCAAGUUCCUUCAUUCAAGAUUGACAUGUUUUCAUUUUAAUCAAAGGAUUUUAUGGAAAUAUCUGCAAUUAAAUGAAUUUCAGAAAGCAUCCUGUGGUGUAGCCGAGAGACGACUAAUUAAACCAGAAGACUAAGUCAGUAGAACAUCACAAUGCAAAGCAACAUAGCUCCGAACUGUAUGGUGGUGACACCACACCACCUGGCCACUCAGAGUGCACUGGCCAUUCUGAGAGAAGGAGGAACUGCUAUUGAAGCAAUGGUGUCUGCUGCUGCAACCGUAGCUGUUGUCUACCCUCACAUGAACAGCAUAGGAGGUGAUUCAUUUUGGCUCAUCGUACCACCCAACGGGGAUCCUGUAGUAAUUGAAGGCCGUGGAGCAGCAGGCUCAUUAGCGACACCUGAUUUCUUUAAAGAUUGCAAAAAUAUUCCAUAUAAAGGCCCAAAAGCUGCCAACACGGUAGCAGGUACUGUAGGUGCUUGGGAAGAAGCACUUCAGUACGUAUCUGAAUGUGGAUAUCAACGAACCUCAUUAUCCAAGUUACUUGCUGAUGCUAUUAAGUAUGCUCAAGACGGGUUCCCUGUAACAAAAUCACAUUACGAAAGCUUAAAAAAUAUUCAAGCUGAAGGAAAUUUCUCUUCUGACUUCGGAAGAGUUUUUAUUCCUAAUGGAAAAAUUCCAAAAGUGGGAGAAACGUUUUGCCAGAAGCAACUUGCUCGGACGCUGCAGCAUUUAGUUGAGAACGGCCUCAACAGUUUCUAUAAAGGCGAAUUGGCGAAAUUGAUUGCCGAGGACAUGGAGUCGUUAGGCAUGCCUAUCACGAAAUCAGAUCUUGCAAACUACGCUCCAGUUAGGAAAGUUCCUUUACGAUUAUUGCACAGCCACGGCGAGAUAUUCAACAUUCCUCUGCCUCAAGGUUUAGUUUCGCUAACUAUUCUCGGUAUCUUAGACAAGUUGGGUAUUGAUGGUCAACAUGAAGGCCAAUUUGUUCACGCUGCAGUAGAAGCUACGCUACAAAGUUUCAAAAUGCGGGAUGAAUAUAUAAAAGACCAUAUGAAAACUGAUCCAAACUCAUUAUUAUCGAGUAAAAACUUAUUUAAAAUGGCAAAGGAUGUAAACUUGGAUCGUUUUUCUGGUGCUCAUCCAUGUAAAGGACCUGGGGAUACUAUUUGGAUGGGAAUAAUGGAUAACAAAGGCUUUUCAGUUUCUUUUAUUCAGAGUAUUUACUUCCAAUUCGGUAGUAAUGUGGUGCUUCCUAGAUCAGGUAUUUUGUGGCACAAUAGAGGAGUAGCAUUUAAUUUGGAGAAGGAUCAUGCUUUGUGUAUAGAGCCUGGGAAGAAGCCUUAUCACACAUUGAACCCAGCGGCAGCUCGAUUGCGGGAUGGACGAGUUUUGGUUUACGGCACUAGAGGUGGUGACGGGCAGCCUCAAACACAGUCUGCAGUCUUCCACAGAUACGUGGUGCAGGGCAAAGAUGCACAGCAGGCAGUGACAGAACCAAGAUGGCUUUACGGGAGGAUAUCUGGUCCACCAGAAACUACUCUGAAGUUAGAAGGAAGGUUUAAUACGGAGACUAUAAACUAUUUGAAGGAAAGAGGUCAUGAUAUAGUCAUGUUGCCUGAUUUUAGUGAACACACUGGUCAAGCUGGAUUGUUGGUCAGACAUCCUGAUGGAAAUAUGGAAGGUGCCUUCGAUGUUAGAAGUAAUGGAAGUGCAGCUGGAUUUUAAUGGAAUAUUUUUAUAUGCAUGUUUAUUUUUAAGUAGGUAUUAAGAGGUGAUCUGGACAGGUCUCGAUAAAUUUACUGAUAGUACUUAAGCUAGUCAUAUAAAAGCUAUAAACUAACCGUAAAAAUCCAUGGAUAUGGCUAUGGUUGGCAUUUAUUAAACUUUUUCUUAUUUUGAACUAACGCUAAUGAUACAGGGAUGUUAAUACAGGUUCAACCCUCGAUUAAUAGUAGCGCGUGUAGUGCUAAAUAUAAGUAUAGUUAAUUAGUUAUAAGAAAUACGAUUGUAAUUCAAUGAAUUCAACUUUUGUUAAUAAUAAUAUCUCGAUCAUUCCAUAGAAAAUUAACCGCCGCACUCAGAGUCAUUUAAUGAUUUCUUAACCCAGUCCUUCGCAAUUAUUUUCGGAAUAAAAUCGUUAUUAAGGAUAAAGAAUUGUUUAAUUAAUUUAAUUACAUUACAAUUACAUUAAAUUGUCUCUGAGUGUGACAGUAACUGUUAAAAAAUCUAUAUUAAGAUUAGAUUUCGAACUAGAAAUAGAAAAGACUGAAAACUGUAAACAAAUUACCUUCAUUUUCCUCAUAUUUGUAAAUUAAGAAAAUAUUUUUUUAUAUCACUUUUCUAGUUUAUAUAUAUAUUUUUAAAUAAUAGACACUGCCAACGGUUUCGCCCGCGUUCUGGUGGGAUAAAAAGUCCCAUCACCCAAGUCAGUUCAUACCCUGUCUGUAUACCAAAUUUCAGAAAAAUCCGUUCUGUACUUUCAGCGUGAUUGACGGACAAACAUCCAAACACACAACCUUUCACAUUUAUAAUAUUAAAUAUUAUUUUUUAACUUAUUUAAUAGUUUCUUUACACCCACGUAAAAUAUGUAGCGUUAAUAUUUGUAUUGAAGUGAAUCAAAAAAGUGUAAAUAAAAGCUGAACAAGUAACUUUAA